CACAUAAGCAUAAAUCUCAUAAAUCCAUGCGACAAUGGCAUCCCCAUAAACCCCAUACCCACCCAUUCCAGUGAAACAAUCACAGCUUUGAAUUAUUUGUUGAAAAAAUCUGAUGAUUAAGGCAAUAAAAUGGAAUUAAAUGAAAAGUGGUGUAUUUUUCGGUAUUUAUAAAACGGAAAACGAAAAAGAAAUGUAUCAAAUUAUUUUCAAACGUACCUGAUUUUGAAUAAGUUUGUCAGUUUUGUGACGUUAUGAAACAGUUAUUUUACGGUGAUUGUUGACAAGAAAAACCAAAUUUAUACCGAUAGUUAACAAUAAAUAUCAUGAGAAAUGAUGAAUGAAAAUAACAAAGCGAGUAACUCAAAUGAAACAGGCACUUUCCAGGAAAGGAGGAAUCUGUCCAACUGUAACAGUGGUGCGGUUGUGAAAACAGAGUGGGAUCAUCGAAUGAUGGAAGAGGUUUUACGAUCCUUGAAUGAGUGCAAUGUCAUUCGGUACGCAUCCUAUAGGACAGCGUCCAAGAUGCAAGUUCUACAUAGAAGUCUGAACAUGCAAUGUGUGCAGUUGGAGUUGAUAGCAGGCGUUUUCGAACGCCAUAGAUUAUCAGUGACAGAGAAUUCUGUAACAUUAGAUGUACACGAAGUGGAAGAUGUAUUGUCUGAUAUAUAUUUUGCGGCGCAAAAAGAAGGAAGCGCCAGUUUUAGUGUAGACCUCGCCACGAAAUUAGCAGUCAACUACAUAUUUAGAACUUUUAAUAAGAGUUACGAAGAUAAUAUCUUGGUAUUUUCGGUAAAAGUAGCUUUAACUUUGGUGAGCUCUGCUAAAUUAGAAGAGAAGUAUGGCUAUUUAUUUCACCAACUUGCUGAUCAUAACGCUUGUUUGUCGGAAGCUGCAUUGCUCACAUUACUAUCAAACAUUUGCAAAGUAACUGAGAUGCUGGGCGAGAGUGUAGCUUACGGAAAUCAUCUUAUACGUUCGAGUGUUGAAAACUGUUUUAGAGAGUCUCAAGGAUGUCUUGGAGUAACUGAAGCAGAAUUUGCGAGAUGGUUGAUGGAAGAGCCACCCUUAUUGACAUGGAUUUCAACGCUGAAUCGGAUGAAGUCGGCAGAAAACAUUGUUCACAAUAUUAAAUGCUCCUCUUGCAAAUCAACCCCAGUCCUUGGACCUCGAUAUUCGUGCUUGAGGUGUGCUGGUUAUCACCAAUGCCAAACGUGUUUCUUAUUUGGCAAAAUGUCGGGAAAACACAAGUUAAAACAUCCAGUUCGUGAGUAUUGUAUAAAGACUACUAAUAAAGAGGUGACGAAACUAAUUAUUGAAUUAAUACGAAACAAACUAAUGCUGUGUCCAACUCGAUCUGUCAUGAGUGCUUUGGAAGAUUCUUCGCCCGAUGCUGAUCUCAACCGUAAGAAAGCUUUCGAUACCAUAUCAGUGAGAAGCACAAUUAAGCGGAGAAUAUGCAAAGAUCCUCAGAAAGAGCUGCAGAGUAUUAUCAGUCGACUAGAAGAAGAAAACAGACAAUUGCAGUCAGAACUACAAGAAAUAAGUGGCGCUAAAGUCGAGAGGUUACAACAUCAUAGGGUUGCCAUCCAAUCUCAGUUAGAGCGUCUUAAAGUCUUAAAGAAUCAUCUUUUUGAACAAACUCCACCCCAUGCUAAUUUAGUACAAAGUACUCCUAUGGUACAUCCAACUUCAUCACGAGUCACGCCUCUUCCUUUGGCCUUUGCACUGAGUCCUAUUAUUCAUCAAGGAAGUGUAGGACAACACGAUGAUGAAAUGUUAUAUAACAAUAAAGAAUCAUCGAGCCGACAUACUACUGGUAGAACAUCCACUGAUUCGGCGUUUAAUGAUUUGUCGGAACGUUCACGAAUUGAGUUAAGCACUUGGAUUGGAGGAGGUAAAAGUGAUUUUACUCCACGUGAUAGUGGCUUUUCUCAGUGGCUGGGACCGAAAGAUGAAAGCAGCAAUAAAGGAUACAAACUUACGGAAAAAGCGAUUGCCGAUAGCAGUUUUAUGUUGUCCGGUAAUUCGAAUUAUUUUCCAGCAGUCAAUAUGCCCCGCGAUAACACACUUUACUCCCUUCAGCGACCCGACAAACACUCCCAACACAGCAGCCUUCAAAAUAUUCAAGGAGAUCUCAGUGACAUUUUGGACAGAUUGCAAAAUAUGGUAGCGAACGAUUGUUUGCUCGAUGAGACUUUCAGUGCCGACAAUAACUGCGAAUUGAAACGUGCUGCAACUGAAAUGGAAGAUUUAUUAACAGGAUUAAUUGAAGGUAUGGAAUCUCGUAAAACUAAACUCACAACGAUCGUGUAAAACUCGAUUUUAUUUUUGUGUUCGUAUAAUCGAUCUUAUAUAUUCAAAAAAUAUAUAAAUAGUCAAGAAGAUAUUA